AUGCAGGGUCACAUCGAGGUCGUGCGUUUGCUGUUGGAAGCCGGCGCUGACAAGAACUUGGCCGGCAAGAAUGGCUGGACGGCGUUGAUGGUGGCAUCUUCGCAAGGUCAUGUGGAAGUUUUGCAGUUGCUGCUGGAGGCCGGUGCCGACAAAAACUCGGCCGGCAACAACGGUGUGACAGCUUUGAUGAUGGCAUCUGUGCAAGGUCAUGUCGACGUCGUGCGCUUGCUGCUGGAGGCCGGGGCCGACAAGAGCGUGGCCGGCACCAAUGGUGUUACCGCUUUGACGAUGGCAUCGGAUCAAGGCAAUGUCGAAGUCGCCCGCUUGCUGCUGGAGGCUGGUGCGGACAUAAAUCUGGGUAGCAAUGUCGGUUUGACGGCGUUGAUGACGGCAUCUGGGCAAGGCCGCGUCGAAGUCGUCCGCUUUCUGUUGGAGGCCGGUGCAGACAAGAACUUAGCCUCCCACAACGGCUCGACAGCUUUGAUGCUGGCAUCUCUGCAAGGUCAUGUCGAAGCUGUGCAGUUGCUUGUGGAGGCCCGUGCCAACACAAACCUGCCAGACAACCACGGCUUAACAGCUUUGACGAUGGCAUCCGGGCAAGGUCUUGUUGCGGUCGUGCGCCUGCUGUUGGAGGCUGGUGUCGACAAAGACCUGGUCUCCAACAACGGCUUCACAGCUUUGAUGUUCGCAUGUGGUAGCAGCCAAGCCGAAGUCGUCCGCGUGUUGUUGGAGGCUCGUGCCGACACAAGCGUGGCCGACAACAACGGCUUCACAGCUUUGUCGAUCGCAUCUGGACAAGGUAACCUUGAAGUCGCGCGCCUGCUGUUGGAGGCCGGUGCCCAGGACCCGGCCGGCAGCAAGCACUUCAUUGCUUUGACUCUGAGAAAGGUCAUCCUCAAGUCCUGCUUCUACUGCCGGAGUCUCUGGGGCGAAUGCUCCAAGCCCAUUGCAUCGAUGUGCAGUCCGCCCAGAGACGCCAAUAUCCAUUAA